UGUCAAAAUUAGCUUGUUUGUGUUUCGAUUCCGCGUCGGGUUGAGUUUGCGAAACGUUUCUAUUUUUCUUCCACAAAUUUGCUCGGAAUACCUACUAAAAUGUCCUUCAAAGGCUCGAAAGUGCAAAAGGUGAUGGUUCAACCCAUCAACCUUAUUUUCCGCUACCUCCAGAAUCGAUCUCGAGUUCAGGUUUGGUUGUACGAGAACACCCAUCUCCGGAUAGAAGGACACAUCGUUGGUUUUGACGAGUACAUGAAUUUGGUUCUGGACGAAGCUGAGGAAUUCAACACGAAGAAACAAAACCGUCGUCAAUUGGGCCGUGUAAUGUUGAAGGGAGACAAUAUAACACUCAUCCAAAAUGUUGCAAAUUGAGAAACUUAGAAUUGAGACCUGCGAAAACAUUAAUUCUAAUUAUGAGUGAACUUUAUUCAACUAUUUUCGUGAGAGUGUGAGAAAUACGAAUAUACUGUAAAGUAUUGUAAAUUAAGAAUAAAACGAAGUGAAUUGAUCUA